GAGCUUCAGCCGGCGCAUCCAUGGAAGACAGUCCAGUGCGUUGAGGCUUUACAAUCUUGUAAACACCAUCCACAUUCUUCUUCAGCAACACAAGACAACAUGGCCGACAAACUCCGCAACCAGCAAGAACUCGAGCGCCUCCAGGCCAAGUACGUUGGCACCGGACACCCCGAUACGACGAGUUGGGAGUGGAAGACCAAUAUCUACCGCGACACCUACUCAUCCAUCGCCGGCCACCCCCCUAUGCUGUCGUACAUGGCCUUGGCUGAGAACGAGCCUACACAGCUUCUGCGCGCGAGGUUAAUCAGGAAAAUGAUGCAACCUGCCGGUCCACCACCACAACGCGAAGAUUAA